AAAAAAAAUACAAAGGCAGCUGCAUAUUUUUCAGGCAGUCUAACGAAGUCCUGCAGCCCUGCACAAUGGUGUCCUGGGUGUUGUGUGCGGGUCUAGUCCUCCUUCACAUCUCCUGCUCUGUGGAAGCCACACUGCACUAUGCGGUCAUCUUCCCCUCUGAAAUUCGCUCUCAGCAUGCUGAAACCCUAUGUAUACACCUGGAGGGGGCAGAGGGAGAAAGCAGAGCACAGAUCUCCUUAGCUCUGGAUGGAAAGAACACAACCCUUGUAGAGAAGACCUUUAAGCAGGACUCCGUCUUCAACUGUGUUGCAAUCCAGGUUCCCACGUCUGAACAGAAGGAUGUGGUUGGCACGUUGAGCAUCUCCAUUGAAAACGCCGGGCAAACAAUAGUGAAGAGCAGUAAAGUUCUGGUGAAGAAGACGAGAUCCAGCCUUCUGAUUCAGUCAGACAAAGCGGUGUACAAGCCGGGACAAACUGUAAAGUUCAGAAUUCUAUCUAUAAAUGAAGACCUUCAACCUAAAGACAUUGUGAUUCCAGUCGUAGAACUACAGGACCCAGGAAAGAAUCGUAUUGCUCAGUGGCUGAAUGUGAGUCUCAGUCAUGGAAUGGCCGAGCUCUCCCUUCCACUCUCCUCUGAGCCCACACUGGGAGAAUACUCCAUCCGGAUGAAGGACACAGUUCAUACCAUCUCUGUGGAGGAAUAUGUUCUUCCAAAGUUUGAAGUUACCCUUCAGUUCCCCAAGGUUGUUAUGUUUAACAGUGAGCAGUUCCCACUUCACGUAUGUGGAAGAUACACUUAUGGGAAGCCAGUUCAAGGAAACUAUACAGCCACUGUGUGCCAACACCAUUUUUCACAUUGGUGGAGACAAGGGAAGAAAAUUGAUACCAAUAUCUGUGCUACAUUCACUGGAAAGUUGGAUAGAUCGGGAUGUGAUACCAUAGAGGUUAAUUCUACAGUCUUUAAAAUGAGAAACUCCAACAUGGAGCGUGUACUGAAAGGAGAAGCCUCUAUCACCGAGGAUGGGACUGGUAUUGAGUUAUCUACAGUCAGUCAGGCUGCUAUAUCCAAUGUAAUGACUAAGGUGUCCUUUGUUGAUGCUGACAGUAACUAUAAAUCUGGGAUCCCAUUCAAUGGAGUGGUUAAAGUAGUGGAUGCUGGUGAUAACCCGAUACCAGGCAUUAAGGUUUACCUAACAAGUUUCGUCAAUUCAAUCAAUGAACCCUGGAUGACGGAUGACUAUGGACAACGUAAAAAACGACGUAAAAAAAAGCGCCGGCCGAACGUUAAAGUGGUGGAUGCUGGUGAUAACCCGAUACCAGGCAUUAAGGUUCACCUAACAAGUUUCGUCAAUUCAAUCAAUGAAACCUUGGUGACGGAUGACAAUGGACAAGCUUCUUUCAGUGUUAAUACAAGUCAAUGGAUGGGGCGAAUAUCUCUCUCGGCAAAAACAAACCUGCAGGAUCAACCAUAUGUUUAUGGUGAAAUAUCCCCUGGUUAUGGUCAAGCAUAUUUGGCUCUUAAACCCUUCUACUCCCGUAAUAAGAGCUUCCUGAAACUACAUUCCCUGGAAAAAGUCCUCCCGUGUGAAGGGCAGCAGGAGGUGCAGGUGGAAUAUAUUAUCCAACAAACAGAGCUGAAGAAUGACAUUGACCACUUUGACCUCCAUUAUUUGGUGACUUUUAAAGGCUCUGUUCAAGAUUAUGGAUCUUUAGAAAUAAGCACUGAAAAUAAAAAUGAAGAUCUUCAUGGCAAGGCCACACUGAAGCUUCCUUUAAGUGCAGGGACAUCUUCAACUUUUCGGGCACUUGUGUAUACUAUAUUACCAGAUGGAGAUAUUUUGGCUGAUUCAGCAAAAUAUAGAAUACAGCAAUGCUUUCACAAUAAAGUAUCAGUUGGGUUCUCCCCAGAUGAGGUCCUCCCAGGUCGGGAUGUGUCUCUCCAGGUUCAGGCUGCUCCUGGCUCCCUCUGUGGUCUCAGGGUGGUGGAUCAGAGUGUGGUGCUAAUGAAACCAGACAAGGAGCUGACUGCAGACAAAGUUUAUAAUCUAUUUCCAUUCCACGAUGAUGGAAGAUAUGACUAUCGCAUCAAAGAAAAUGAAGACUCUUGUCCGUAUUAUCCCUUUAAUUUUCCUUCACAAAUGAGACCAUUCGACCAACCAAUUUCGCCCCGCUGGGGUGCACAUUUUCGGGGUGAUCAUGAUGUGGAUGUGUACAGCUUAUUUGAGGGAUUACAUUUAAAAAUACUAACAAGUGCAGCAAUUAAGAAACCCAAGGAUUGUUCCCAAUUUACAAAUGCACGUUAUAGAUUACAUGGCCCCGGAGGACCAAUGGUAUACGGUUCAAUACCUGACCGAGGUAGUAGUGAAGGAAUCAUACCAAUGAUGGAGACAUUUGAAGAGAAAGAAAAGGAGACGGUUCGGACAUAUUUUCCUGAGACCUGGCUAUGGGAACUUAUAGGAGUAGGAGACUCUGGCAUUGCUGACCUCCAUCAAAAGGCUCCAGACACCAUCACCGACUGGAAUGCCGGGGCCGUAUGUUUGGGUCAGAGUGGAUUUGGCCUGUCUCCUCCUGUCUCUUUUCGGGUCUUCCAGCCAUUCUUUGUGGAUCUCACCCUCCCGUACUCCGUAGUGAGAGGAGAAACUUUCAUCCUUAAAGCCUCUGUAUUUAACUAUCUCAAACAGUGCAUCAAGAUUGAAGUCACGCUGGGACCCACAAAGGAGUUAGAGCAGACCCCUUGUACAGACUGUACCUACAGCAGCUGCCUGUGUGCCGACGAGAGCAAAACCUUCUACUGGAACCUGAAGGCCACCAAACUGGGAGAAGUAAAUAUCACAGUACAGACUAAGGCUGUGAACACUAAAGAGCUGUGCCAAAAUGAGAUCCCAUUUGUUCCCAAACAAGGAGCCACUGAUACCGUUGUGAAACCCUUAAUUGUACAGCCCGGAGGAAUCCUGGUGGAGAAAUCACACAGCUCUUUGCUCUGCAUCAAGGAGGGAGAAGAUAAUCUUAAGACAGAAGAGGUCUCCAUACAGUUUCCCAAGAACAUCCUGGAAGAUUCUGAAAGAGCUUAUGUGACUGUGUUGGGAGAUAUAAUGGGCACAGCAUUGCAGAACCUGGACCGUCUCCUGGCCAUGCCAUACGGGUGUGGAGAGCAGAACAUGGUCCUCUUUGCUCCCAACAUCUUCAUUCUGCAGUAUCUGGAAAAGACUCAUCAGCUGACCGAUGAGAUAAAGAGCAAAGCCACCAAAUUUCUUGAAAGUGGAUAUCAGCGACAGUUGACAUACAAGCGUGAUGACGGCUCCUACAGUGCCUUUGGAAAGAGUGACCCAGAGGGUAACACAUGGCUAUCUGCAUUUGUAGUGAAGUCCUUUAGCAAAGGGCGGCCCUACAUAUUUAUAGAUGACAGUCAUCUAAACCAAUCGUUUACCUGGCUUCAGAAAAUUCGUAAAGAUACUGGCUGCUUCCGCAAUGUAGGAAGACUACUGAAUACUGCUAUGCAGGGAGGAGCGAAAGAUGAUGUCUCCCUUUCUGCGUAUGUGACCAUGGCUCUAAUAGAGGCCGGUGUAUCUCUGAAAGAUCCUCUGGUCAAAGACGCAGUGUCCUGUCUGCGGGAGGCUUCUGCGAAUGUGACCAAUGUAUACACUUUGGCUCUGCUGGCCUACACCUUUACACUGUGCCGAGAGACAGAACUCAGGGCGGCUGUAUUGGACAAACUGGAGGAAAAAGCUAUAAGAGAAGAUGGACAGCUCCACUGGGCACGGGAUACCACUCCUCCCAUUCAAGAUUCAUACUGGCACAGAGCCCCAUCUGCUGAAGUGGAAAUGAACGCCUAUGUCCUCCUGGCUAUACUCUAUGAUCCUAAACCUGACCUGGGCAAAUCUACAGAGAUUGUGAACUGGCUGAGCAAACAGCAGAACCCCUAUGGAGGCUUCUCAUCUACACAGGACACAGUCGUAGCUCUCCAAGCUCUGGCCAAGUAUUCAGAGCUCACGUUUAGUGAUAAGGGCGAUGUGACUGUGACUGUCAGUGCCAGCUCAGGAUUUCUGGAGAAGUUCCAUGUAGACAAGCACAACCGCCUCCUCCUUCAAAAAGCAUCGCUACCGGCUGUUACCGGAGAUUACACGUUGUCUGCCACAGGAAACGGCUGUGUUUUCGCACAGGCAGUUAUGAGAUACAACGUCCCUCCACCCAAAAGGGACACCAGCUUUUCAUUAAAGGUGACAACACUUUCAAACAGAGAGUGUCUGGGGGAUCCAGUGACAAAUUUUGAGAUUCACAUCAGUGCUACUUACACUGGAACCAGGGAAAGAACUAAUAUGGUUGUUAUAGAGGUGAAGAUGCUGUCUGGAUACAUUCCGGUCAAGAGUACAGUGAGAAAGAUGCAGGACAAACUGAUACAGAGAAGUGAAAUACAGACGGACAUGGUCACCUUAUAUCUGAAUGAGGUGGGACAUGAUCCUAUAAAUCUUUCCUUUUUGGUGGAACAGGACAUUGAGGUCAAGGAUCUGAAACCAGCCACAGUAAAAAUAUACGACUAUUAUGAGACAGAUGAACAAGCAGUGACAGAAUACAACCAUCCCUGCAACACAGGCGACUCUGGCAAUUCAAGAUGAAGACAAAGUUACUGAUGUCACUAAAUGAACAAUAAUUAAUAAAAUAUAUCACUGUUCCAUUAAAUGAGCCUUAUGGCAUCCAUAAACCAUGUGACAUAAAACAACCAAUCAGUGGCAAGCACUGCAUUUAGUACUUGGGAACAAUGAUGCUGCCUUUCACUGUGAUGCUUUUAAACUGAAAUUAUGUUGUACACCAUUAACAUUUUGAUGAAUUAAAGCAUAUUUUACCUGCCA